UAAUAAUGAAUGAAUAAUGCAAUAUUCAUUUUUUAGCGUAUAUGUAAAUUUCUUACUUAGAAGAUAGUUUUGCUGCUACCGUAAACGAGAGCGGUGCCGCUCCGCCUCCGCCGGCAAAAUUCUGAAAUAACUUCUCCGUCGUCAAUGGAAGCUUCAACGGGGCCUUUAAGCCUCCCCAAUCCCCCUCCUCCUCAACCCAACCUCGAAAGCAUCAAGCGAAAGCUCCAGCAGCAUGGCGUUAAUCCAACACCCAGGAUUCUCCACAAUAUUCGCAAAAAGGAGUUACAGAAACACAACCGCCGUGUGGCGAAGCGCAAUUCCAAGCAGCCUCCGCAACUCUCCGAUGCUCAGAAGCAAGCGCUUGAUGAAGAAUCACAUUUCCAAUUGAUCAAGUACGAGUACAAGAAAUUCGCGAAAACCGUAGGGAGUGGAGGCUGCGAGAAGCUUGUCGGCAGGCCGUGGGAAGGAUUAGAGAAGUUUCAAUUGAGGAAGCUUGCUAGCGAUAACUCGGAGUACGACGGUGAGAAAUUAAUUCCAGAGCGCCUGAAGGAGCUCAGUGAUAUAAUUGAGUGCGAAAGGGAUAAAUUCUCCUGGCUCGUCGACGACGAUAUUGAAAUAGGAGAAGAUUGGCUCGAAAACGAUGGGAAGAGAUGGAACCGCCCCAAGCGCAGUGAAUCUGAAGCAAUUAAGCUUCUCGUAGACAGGUUAAGUGCAGCUGAGUUGACUGCGAGAAAUUGGAAGUUCGUGCGGAUGAUGAGAUACUCUGGUUUGCAAUAUACUGAAUGGCAAAUGUUGAACAUAGUUCAGAGUCUUGGGAGUAGGGGAAGAUGGAGGGAUGCAUUAUCUGUGGUGGAUUGGGUGUACAGCUCGAAAGAGCACAAAUAUUACAAAAGCAGGUUUGUAUAUACAAAGCUGUUAACGGUGCUUGGGAGAGCAAGGAAGCCUCGUGAAGCUCUUCGAGUCUUCAAUUCGAUGCGUAAGGAUGCAUACAUUUACCCUGAUAUGGCAGCAUAUCAUAGUUUGGCUGUCACGCUAGGUCAAGCUGGUUUGCUGAAAGAGUUGUUGAAUGUGGUUGAAUCCAUGAAGGAGAAGCCGAAAAAAUUGAGACAUAUGAAGGGCAAAAACUGGAGCCCUGAACUUCAACCCGACAUUGUCGUAUUUAAUGCUGUUCUUAAUGCAUGUGUUUCGACUUGUCAAUGGAAGGGAGUAUCUUGGGUUUUCCAGGAGUUGAGAAAGUAUGGUCUCCGACCUAAUGGAGCAAGUUAUGGACUGGCAAUGGAGGUAAUGCUCAAAUGUGGAAAAUAUGAUCUUGUCCACGAAUUUUUUGAGAAAAUGAAGCGAAGAGGGGAAGCUUUAAAAGCAUUAAGUUACAAAGUUCUUGUCAGAGCCUUCUGGGAAGAAGGUAAAGUCGAUGAAGCUGUUGAAGCAGUCAGGGAUAUGGAAAGGAGGGGAGUGAUCGGAACAGCAAGUGUGUAUUAUGAACUGGCCCGAUGUCUUUGCUUUUAUGGCAGAUCACAAGAUGCCGUUUUGGAGAUCGAGAGGAUGCGAAACCUUCAUCCAACAAGACCUUUGGCAGUGGCCUUCACAGGAAUGAUAAAAUCUUCCAUGGAUGGCGGCCAUGUCCACGACUGUGUAUCUCUCUACGAGCACAGCAAAACCCUCUCAGCUCCCGACAUUGGUCUGGUAAAUGCCAUGUUAAAAGUUUAUGGUCGAAAUGAUCUUUUUCAUAGAGCUAGAGAGCUAUUUGAGGAGACGAGAAGAAAUGGAUCGGACCCCAAACCGGAUGCCUACACCUUCACCUCCAUUCUUGAAGCAUCUGCCGGCGCUCAUCAAUGGGAGUAUUUUGAACAUGUGUACAAGGAGAUGACGCUCUCUGGGUUUCAAGUCGAUCAGCGCAAACACUCUACUCUGUUAGUCGAAGCAUCUCGAGCUGGAAAGUCGCAUUUGCUGGAACACGCAUUCGAUUCAAUCUUGGAUGCUGGCGAGGUACCUCCGGAAUCAUUUUUCACCGAAAUGACAUGCCAAGCGAUUAUCAGGCGCGACUAUGACAGGGCGACGAAUAUUAUCAACACAAUGGCUCUUGCUCCGUUUCAAGUCAGUCUGCAGCAGUGGAUUAGCCUCUUUGAGAGUAACCGGGACAGGAUUGAGCCGGCGAGUCUGUGUGAACUAUGCGAGAAGAUUACCAGCGACGAGUUAAGCAGAGAGGCAACGGUCGUAAAUCUGUCCAGAUCAUUGGAAAUCAUCUGCAAAUGUGAUGAUCAUGAAUCCUUAAACUCUGCAUCUUCCCAUGGCUGUGAUAGCGCUAAUGAACCGAGCAACAACAGAGCAGAGGAAGAAGCUACAGGUAGUCUGAUUGAUGAUGAAAAUGUUAGAGGCUGGUGUGAGCAGUUCGACAAUGUUUUGGCGACGUCGAAGGGGUCUUCGCCUUAUUUCGACGAUUUCUUCGAAUCUGAUGAUGAUAGCGAUGGUGGUGAGCCAAACUUGGAGCAGAUUAUUGCAACAAAUGAAAUGGAUGAGGGAUCUGAAUCUGAUACUCCUUCAGCAUAUGAAAUACUGCAAAUUUGGAAGCAUAACUGAAGAUGAUGACAAUGUACAUUUGCUACCAUUGUAAUAUUUUAUUUUAUUAUUAUUAUUAUUUUUUAUGACAUGGGAAGUUCGAAAGUUUGAAUUUAUGAGUUUACUAUCAA